UAAAUACUGUAUGUUUAAGUUUAAAUAUGGACUAUCGUGUGUGUUUGAUAGAAGUGUUUAUGUAAGCUUUUUAUUAGCUCUGUGUCUUACAAUCAUUUGGGAACAGCACUUUUGUAGGCACCUCGCUAAACAAGCCUCGGAAGGCUGUAACUACUGCCAUAUUGCCACCGAAGACUUUUCCUCUUACUUUACUCUCUCCGAGGCGUUUCGGGAAAAGAGCACAACAUGAUUCACAGCUUGUUCCUGAUUAACAGCACUGGCGACAUAUUCCUGGAAAAACACUGGAAGAGUGUGAUAAGCCGCUCUGUCUGCGAUUACUUUUUUGAAGCUCGAGAGAAGGCAGGGGAACCGGAUAACGUGCCUCCUGUGCUCUGCACGCCUCAUCACUACCUCAUUAAUAUCUACCGUGAGAAAAUCUUUUUCGUUUCCGUCAUCCAGGCAGAAGUACCCCCCCUCUUUGUUAUUGAAUUUCUUCAUCGUGUUGCUGAGACGUUUCAGGAUUAUUUCGGUGAAUGCUCGGAAGUUACUAUUAAGGACAAUGUUGUAAUUGUGUAUGAGCUCCUUGAAGAAAUGCUGGAUAAUGGCUUCCCUCUGGCAACGGAGUCCAACAUCCUGAAAGAACUUAUUAAACCUCCCACCAUUUUGCGCUCUAUGGUCAACAGCAUCACAGGCAGUAGUAAUGUUGGUGACACUCUCCCUACUGGACAACUGUCCACUAUCCCCUGGAGGAGGGCUGCUGUAAAAUACACUAACAACGAAGCCUAUUUUGAUGUGGUGGAAGAAGUUGAUGCCAUCCUGGAUAAAUCCGGCACAACAGUGUUUGCGGAAAUCCAGGGAGUGAUUGAUGCUUGUGUGAAACUCUCAGGAAUGCCCGAUCUUACACUUUCAUUUAUGAACCCCAGACUCCUGGACGAUGUGAGCUUCCAUCCAUGUGUCCGCUUCAAGAGAUGGGAGUCUGAGAAAGUUCUCUCCUUCAUCCCCCCCGACGGAAACUUCCGACUCAUGUCUUAUCAUGUGACUGCACAAAAUUUGGUAGCAAUCCCGGUAUACGUGAGGCAGAAUAUCAGUUUCUUUGAGACUGGAUCCUCCGGGAGGCUGGACAUCACAGUGGGUCCUAAGCAGACCAUGGGGAAGACUGUUGAGUGUGUGGGAGUCACAAUACACAUGCCGAAAGUUGUCCUCAGUGCCAAUCUCACAGCAACUCAGGGCACGUACACCUACGACCCAGUCACCAAGAUUUUGGCGUGGGACAUCGGCAAACUGAACCAACAAAAACUGCCAAAUUUAAAAGGAAGUCUGAGCUUGCAGUUAGGAGCUCCGAAACCAGAGGAAAAUCCCAGCCUGAACAUUCAGUUCAAGAUUCAGCAGUUAGCUAUCUCAGGACUGAAAGUCAAUCGACUGGACAUGUAUGGAGAGAAAUACAAACCAUUUAAAGGUGUUAAAUAUAUAACCAAAGCUGGAAAGUUCCAGGUCAGAACUUGAAGCUGUCUGUAAACUGUCACAAAACAUCAUAAACAUGACAGCAAUGUGUUCUUAUAUGUGACAAAUCAAAUUUUACAAUCACUUCAGAAUUACUCUGUAUUGCCAAUGUGUUACGCUUCGGUGGUGGUUGGGGGGAGAGGGGUUUAAGAUUGGGUGGGAAUUUGCUUUUGCAAAAGCCUUACAUGGAUUUCUUUACUUUGAAGAAGAACAUUCCUUUUUCAUUGUUGUGCUUAAUAAUAAGAGAUUUACAGAGUGGAAUAGUUCACAUAUUCAUACCAGAAUGAGUUCUUUUACUCUGUCCUGUUUUAACCAGAGAGAAGCUUCCCAAAGUUUCAGUCUGUUGUCAGUGUUUUCACUUUUCUGUCUGAGCGAGCCAAUGAAGGAGAGGAUAUUUCACUUGAUCAUACCUGCUUUAGUAAUGGUGGAUAUAUUUUCCAUUUUUUAUCUGUGUACAUUUCAAGCCAAGCCUUUGCCAAGCAGAUAAGAAAUAUUUAGGUACCCUACCUUUAGCACAAUGCACAAAUCUUAAGUGGCCUUUUAAAAAGAAAAAAAAAACCCGAGGCCUUUCUUAAAAUCAGAGCUAUGUCUUAAAUAGCUGUGCUGUUACUCAAAAACACUACACCCAUCACACAUCCUGAGUUUUCACUCAGGAGGGAAAGAAGAGCGGGUGAGGUGUAUUCAUUUAGAACUGUGUUCUUGGUUUAUGUGCAAAAUAUUUGUAUAAAUUGCUAAGGAACUAGUAUUGAUAGUUUGCUGCAAAUACUAAUUGAUAAAGGAACACUUUGAGGUGCUACGUUAGAAGUUACCCGGCUUGCAAACGUGGCAGGUAUGUGAGUCACUCAGAGUUUUGCACAUUCUGAAGGGACACAUCUUUUGUAAUGUUUAGAAAUAACUAAGUUAAUUGAUUUGAAAAUAUGUAUAUAAACCUAAUGCCUUGACAUUUAUAAACAUUUUGGGAAAUUA